ACCCUCCCCUUAUCCUCCACUUCAAAGUUGUAGUCUUUACAGACAUGAAUCCCAGCUUCCACCCUCAUUUCUCCUCCACCACUUCUUCUUCUUUCUCCCCUCCCCUGCCUCCCCAUCAGAAUCCGGCUCCGAGGAGUAAUUACCAGAGCCCGUGCGCCGCCUGCAAGAUUCUCCGCCGGCGCUGCGCCGCCCAAUGUCUUCUCGCCCCUUACUUUCCUCCGACGGAGCCCCUUAAAUUCACCACCGCACACCAUGUUUUUGGGGCCAGCAAUAUCAUCAAAUCACUUCAAGAGCUGCCGGAAAGCCAGAGGGCUGAUGCAGUGAGCAGCAUGGUGUACGAGGCAACCGUCCGGAUCAAAGAUCCCGUCUACGGCUGCGCCGGCGCCAUCUGCUACUUACAGAAGCAAGUGGAGGAGCUCCAGGCGCAGCUGGCUCGGUCGCGAGCGCCGCGAGCCGAGCUGCUCGCCGUCGAGACCCAACACAACCAUAUCCUCGCCCUCUUCUGCAAAGAUUUUGACUUCUGCUUGCCACAGCAGCCAUUAUUUGAUUCUCCUUCUCCUUCUGCUGCUGCUCUGAAUCCUUUUGAGGGUUUUGGUGAUUUUCUGCUUGAAGAUGAUGGCCAUGGAAGUAUCAGAGAGGAGACAGUGUGGACAUCUUGACGAUGAUGAUGAUUUGGCUCUUGCUGAAUAUUAUGAUUUUUUAUUUAAAUAUUUAACUUGAUGA